CGGAUUCAGUAGUGAGAGAGGCAAGAGUUUGUGUUAAUUUUGUGAAAAAAUUGACUAGUUUUUGAAUUAAGUAAAGACAUAAAAUCGUGAAAAAUAUAUGUGAUUGAUACGAGAUGUCGCAAGAAGAUGAGAGUACAGAACAGCCGAAUCAAGAUCAGGGCGCGCAGCAUGCGAAGAAGGCCCGCACGGCGGAAAACAAGGUGUCGAUGAGGCCACCUCAGAUUGUUCCGAAGAAUAAAAUUAUGAGGGAUCAAGAGAAUCCAUUGAGCAAGAGGAGCAGGCAGAGAAAUAAUAAGCGAAAUAAGUUGAAGCAGACCAACCAACAGAAUUGGAAGCAGGUUCAUUAUGGAAAUAAUAGGCACAAGAACAACAAUGCUUCCACCGGUGGCGCCGUGAAGAACAAUAACAAAGACGAGCAGCUGCAGCACAAAACCAGCAACAUGCGUUCCCGGAACGUUUUCUUGAACGCGACGUUCACCAUGGGCCGAAAGCGCGCGAUGACAUUUCCCGGAAUAUCGAAGUUCUUCCUUCCCUACAAGCGGCCGCGCAAAGAGUGCAUCAUACCGCCCACCAAGUUCCUGCUGGGCGGCAAUAUAAGCGACCCUUUGAAUUUGAACAGCCUACAUGACGAGGAAAGUGGCGCAUUCAAUAAAACGACAGAUGACAUACCGGCUAUGACGCCAGAAGCUGCGACACCGGUUAGUCCGAAGGAAGAAAAAUGUGAAGGGAAAGAUUCGGCAGCUUGCAAGAAGGAGGAGAAUAAAAAUAAAUGUACGGAAAUUAUUGUGAAAGUUGAACCUGCGGAUGAGAAUUUGACUCAUAACGCACAGCCACAACACCAAGCGCCAAGUACACCAGCCCCAAGUAGCACCCAGUCCGGCGAUCGUGUCCAGGUUAUAGUGCCACCUAACAUGUUUGACCCCUUAAAUCUUCUGCAUCCACAUGAAGAAGAUGCAGAAUAUGAGAAGCAACUAAGUUUAUCUUCGCCUAUGAAGAAAAAGGCUCGCAGUCGAAACAAUAGGAAACGAAGGGCGUCGAAGGCUAAUACUAGCACUGCUUCGACGCAAGACGGUAAUAGUUCGACAACAAGUUUGGAUAAUACCUCCGAUAAUAAGGACUUCAAUGAUAUAUUUGAUGUCAGCGAUAUAGUGAAGGCGGAUGCAGAAAUUGACGAUGCCGAUAAAUUAUCGGACCAGACUAAAUCAAUUAUGACAACUCCUGUGAGCAUUCAAAGUGAUAAUGAGCAGGCGGAUACUAUUACCAUUACAUCUAUAAAUUCAAACUCCUCUGUGUCAAAUACUAGCACGUCUACUAGAGAAUUGAAAUUGGACUUGAGUAUCGCCAGUACAAAAAGCAAUGUAUCGAGCAAAGAUGGUAUUGCUGGACAACGAAAACAAAGGAGAUUGGACUCCAUGGAUAAGAUUGUCAGUCCUGUUAUACCACAACCUGGAGCCUGGAUGAGGCCGCACAGAGUCGAUAAAGGUGGGCAAAGAGGAUCAUGGCGAGGUCGCGGGAGAGGCGGCCGAGCUUCAAAUAAUUCAUCAAUAAACACGGGAUUAGAAUUAAUUCCGGAAUCUACAGACGUACCUUCAAGUAGUGUUUCUGAAAGUACUUGCAGUGGUGAUACUACACCAAGUAUUCAGGAAAACUUAACAGGCAGUAUCAAUGAUGAGACAGAAAGCAAUAAAACAAUCGUCGAGGAAAAAGAUAUAAAGAUGGAUGAUAGUGAAGAACAGAAAGUUGUCGAGGAAACAAAACCUAAAGUACCAAAUAUAAGGAAAGACGGAAAAAGAUAUGAGCAUGGGAAUUAUGAUAGAUAUUAUGGAUACAGAAAUCUCAAUGAAUCAAUGGAUGUACGAUUGAAGGUGUUUCAAAUGCACAAGCACUUAUUCCAAGGUCGCGACAUUUUGGACAUCGGCUGCAAUGUAGGCCAUGUGUCUUUAUGUGUAGCUCGAGAUUUAGGUGCCAGAUCAAUGACUGGUAUAGAUAUUGAUGAUAAGUUGAUUCAACGUGCUAAAAAGAAUCUUCGUCAAUACGUAACGAUACAUAAAAGUGCUCAACUGACAACCGCAUCCGCUGUGACGAUUCCAUCUGAUCAAGAUAACAAAAAUAAUGAAGAAGAUAAAAAUAAUGAAACUGACAAAGAUGAUAAGAAUGACCAAGAAGAAACGACUGAAUUACAAGCAAGUAAUUCUGAGGACGGUGUACCUGCCAAAAAUUUUGUAAACUGUGAUAAAGACUUUAAAAAAUUUGAUUUUAUUAAGAAAACUGUAAAAAUAGCAAAAUUAAGUAAGUUUAAUAAGUGGAAGAAGAAUCGAACGGCGCAAUGUGGAAGUGCGAACUAUUUCCCAAUAUCUUUUCCUUUGCUGUACGGACCAGUUGAUGUCCUGGAUAAUACAGAAAUUGAAAGUACAACUCAAUUUCCUUACAAUGUUGUUUUUAAGCAUGCGAAUUAUGUGCUGAAGGACGACAAUUUGAUAAGUGCGGAACCUGCACAAUUUGAUUUAAUUCUUUGCCUAUCAGUAUCCAAAUGGUUACAUUUAAAUAAUGGUGAUGCUGGAUUGAAGAGAGCUUUCAAGAGAAUGUUUGCUCAGCUCAGGCCCGGUGGUAAGCUGAUUCUCGAAGCACAAAACUGGGCGAGCUAUAAGAAAAAAAAGAACCUUACUCGAAAUAUUUACAACAAUUAUCAGGCUAUUGAAUUCUUUCCCUGUAAGUUCCGGGAUUACCUGCUGUCACCGGAAGUUGGAUUCAGUCAGUGUAGUGUAUUAGGUGUACCUCAGCAUUUGAGUAAAGGUUUUAGGAGACCAAUACAGUUGUAUGUCAAAGGAGACUUUACCCCAAGCCAAGCCAUGUGGAGUGAUACUAGGAUGCCAUCAGCAUCACAAUAUGGUCAGCAAACAAAUACGCCAUCUGCUAAACGACCAGUUUAUACGGCACCAUUACCAGAUAUAAAGUCAGGAGCAAUGUUUUCAUAUUGGGGAUCUACACCGUACAGUUUGGCAUCACAUCAUACAAAUAAUAUAUUUGAUACAUCGCCAUUUUAUGCACCGGGUAGCGGAAGUUAUACACCCAGCUAUACUGAAGGUUGUCCACACCCUGGUCAACGGAAUGUGUACGCUCCGACUUGUGGUUCGAGGUGGAGCAGCCCUGCAACUACGUCGGGAACACCAUCACAGAGCCCUGCACAAAUCAAUGAUUUUACACCUAACGCCACACCAAACGCAACGCCACGAGGGCAUACACCAGGUCAUGCAGGGUGGCAUGACGCUCACCAGAGUAGAAAUGUCACUAGGGUGUACGCAGCUGUAUCUCCUGCACAAGGCACAUCGUAUCAACAGUCGUUGAGUUCGCCACGAUACUCCCCCCAAUGGAACGAAACGAAUAGUGACUAUUACGCUGGUGCGGAGUCGCCCAGCGCGAAUGCAUACAGCCCCCAAGAAGAUACAUCUCGAUCCAGUAACGAUCACCUGAUUACAAAUGAAAGCAGUUCAGCGAGUGUUGAAAACUCUCCCAGUGUUCAUAGUAAUAGUUUUAGAUCGGCCGACUCCCCUUCAAAUCAAGAUGACCAGGCCGUUCUUAAUGGUCAUGCAAGUGUUAUGAGCCCUAACCCAGCAGAAUGUGAUUCUAUAAAUGCUAGUCCAGUUUCUAAUUCCUAAAUUAUUGGGAGAACGAAUGUGAUGACAUUCCUUCAAAACUGAGACUCUUAAACUCUGCUUACUAAACGGAGUUGUUAAAUUAAUUAUGAUUAAUUGACAAAAGACAGUUGCAGUACAAUUCGUUUAUAAUAAAUUGAUUUUAGAGCUAUGGGCCUUAAGUAUGACUGAGUUUGUUCGAGACACAAUACUAUGAUGUAACGAUUAGAACUAGAACUUGGUUAUGUGUGAGGCAUUCGUUCUAUAUAUAAAUAUAUCUUGUUGUUUGUUUCGGAUUCAGAACUUUAAA